AUGCCUCCCAAAGCCGCUCGUGGUGCGGCCUCUACUCGAGGAGCCCGCACUGACUCGACCACCACCGCUUCCGCUGGCGCGGCCACAGAACAAAAUACUUCCGCGGGAACAGACGCACCCGGACCCGCGAAUCGAGCAUCCGUGCAGCGCCUCAAGACCACAAAUAAGCGCACACCGUCUGGCAGCAUUGGAUCGGCCAGUCGGCCAUCACCUGCAGUUAGUGGUGAGCCAGUCAAACCGGUCAUGAAACACAGGCCCAAGGCCGUGGGGCGUCGCAGCAAACAAGAACGAGAUGAAAUUGAAAGACUCGAGAAAGAGCGCCACAAUGAACGUCUGAAAGAAGCGGCGGCUAUCCAGCGCGGCCGUGGUGGGCCUCGUCGGGCUGGAUUCCGCGGCCGUGGUGGUCCUACGGCCAUGAGCAUGGGAGGAUCAUUUGGCGGACGAGGCGGCAAGCGCGGCCGCGGUGGCUUUGGUGGAGGUGGUGGUGGCGGCGGAGGCGGCGGAUACGGAGGUGGUGCUGGCUCAGGGCGCAACCGAUCUGGUCUUACCGGAGGCCAUCGUGGGCGCGCAUAUGACUCUUCUGACGACGAGGACAAUGCACUCCGCAUCAGCAUUGAUCACAUCAACCUUGACAGUGACGAGGAAGACUGGAUUGUGCCCAAAGAUCCCAAAGGAAAGCAACCCAGCAGGUCACAAACCGACCGUGCACUCCGACCAGUCCGUCUCGAGAGACAUGAGCACGAGGAACGAGUCAUCAGUGUUAAUAUGGAGUCGAGCUCUGCUCGGGCUGCCGAUCUCCGCAAAAAGGCAGAAACUGAGAAGAAGACCAUCGCGAAGGAUGUUACCAAGACGCCAACGAAAGUCAAGGCUGAACCUCGGGACGACGACGCAUCUAUGGCAGAUGAUAUCCCCCAAGCAGAUGAUGAUGGCUUCUUGCCGGAACACAAUGUCCGCGUACGCUCUGUGACCAUGAGCCCCACAAAACGAGAUACCACGGAGCCUCAAUCAUCACCAACCACACCCGAACCCAAGCCUGUGGAUCCACGCAGCCUUCUACAUACAAAAGAAGAAAUUGACGAAUACGAUCGUCACCAGGACGACUUGGCUAUCAUCAAGGACCUUCUCGUUCCUAAGCCACCUAAGGCUACCACGGUAGCAGAGACAACCGAAGGGGCUACGGAGGGCGAAACUCCCACAACAGAGGGACAGGCUGAGGAGAAAUCCAGCGAAGAGGAAGAGGAAGAUAACCCUCUUCUGGGUCAACUAUUCCUCAUGCAGUUCCCACCCAUGACCCCUAACCUUAGAGUUGCUGGUGCCCCGGCAGAAAACCAACAGGCAGCCACUGAGACAACAGUGGAGACGGAACCAGCACUCAAGACCGAGCCCGAAGUCAAGCGGGAAGCCGGUGACGAUGUGGAGAUCGUGGAGAACACCCAACACACAGAACCUCAACGGACGGAUCUCAUCACCGCCGGAAAGCCAUGGUCACUUCCAAGUGGUCGGGUCGGCAAGCUGAAUGUGCACAAGUCCGGCCGUGUGACUUUGGACUGGGGUGGCAUUAGUAUGGAGCUGGACCGCGGAGCGCCUGUUGGUUUUGUUCAAGAGGCUAUGAUUGUCUCACCCACUGUGGGACAGGAGGGCGAGGCACAUAACGAGGAUGGGUCAGAGAACAAGGCUUGGUCGAUGGGUCAAUUGUCUGGCAAGUUCACUCUUACCCCGAACUGGGACGAAAUCCUUUAA